AUUCUUUCUCUCCACUUGUCUCUUUCUUCCCCCUUUUCCCAUGCAUUAGGGUUUUCUGCAACAUCAACAACAAUUCAAUAUUCCCCUUUCUCUCUCUCUCGCGAUUCACACACUCUUCCUCCAAACCCUAACUCCAUUCUUCAAACCACGCUCGAUUCCUUCAAAUCAAUCUCUAGGGUUUCGAAUCGCCGCCCAAUUCAAUUCGAUUCAUCCGAUACAUGAUUGAACGCUCCGUCGUGAGCGACUUCACAAAUUGACGGGUGGGUGGGUUUUUGUAUGGAAACUCGUAGCCGGAAGCGGGCGGAGGCUUCCUCAGCUGCCCCUUCAUCUUCUUCUUCUGCUCCCAACACCCGUUCCACCAAACGCGCUCGCAUAACCUCUUCUUCUACUACCUCCUCUUCUUGCGCCGCAACCACCCCUGCUCCUCCUGUUCGCUCCGUCAACACUCGUUCCCGCUCCGCCUCUAAAACCAAGGAAAAAGAACCCUUACCGCCUAAGAAUCCUCCGACUCCGACUCCUACUCCUACUCAUACUCAUCCCAUGGACAAUACCAACGAAUCCUCCGGCUCGCGCCGCGAUCGUCGCGGCAAGAAUACUGAUAACUCUGAUAAGGGGAAGGAGAAGGAGUAUGAUGUGAGGGCUAGGGAGAGGGAAGCAGCGAGGGCGAUGGAGCUUAACGUGGAGAGCGGCGCUGGUGUUGGCGAUGAGGAUGAUAACGACAGUGACGGUGGUGUGGGGAUCUUGCACCAGAAUUUGACGUCAGCGAGUAGUGCGCUUCAAGGGCUUCUGAGGAAACUGGGAGCUGGGUUGGAUGAUCUGCUUCCGUCGUCGGCGAUGGGGGUUUCUGGGUCGUCGUCUCAUCAGAGUGGGAGGCUGAAGAAGAUCCUGUUUGGGCUGCGGGCUGAUGGGGAAGAAGGUCGGCAGGUGGAGGCUCUGACUCAGCUUUGUGAGUUGCUAUCUAUUGGGACUGAGGAAUCGCUUAGCACUUUCUCUGUUGAUUCGUUUGUUCCGGUGCUCGUGGGGCUGCUGAAUCAUGAGAGUAAUCCUGAUGUUAUGCUUCUUGCGGCCAGGGCGCUGACCCAUCUCUGUGAUGUGCUACCUUCAUCCUGUGCUGCUGUUGUUCAUUAUGGUGCGGUUUCAAUCUUCUGCGCGAGGUUGCUCACCAUUGAGUAUAUGGACUUGGCUGAACAGUCCCUUCAAGCUCUAAAGAAGAUAUCUCAGGAGCACCCAACUGCAUGCCUACGAGCUGGUGCUCUCAUGGCUGUACUUUCUUAUUUAGAUUUCUUCUCAACAGGAGUUCAGCGGGUUGCAUUGUCGACUGCGGCAAAUAUGUGCAAGAAGCUUCCUUCUGAUGCAGCUGACUUUGUGAUGGAAGCUGUUCCUCUCCUGACAAACCUUCUUCAGUACCAUGAUGCCAAGGUCUUGGAGCAUGCCUCUGUUUGUUUGACUAGAAUAGCUGAAGCAUUUGCAUCUUCUCCAGACAAAUUAGAUGAACUGUGCAAUCAUGGACUGGUAGCACAAGCUUCCUCCCUCAUUUCUAACAGCAGUUCUGGAGGUGGACAAGCUUCUCUCAGCACGCCAACAUAUACAGGUUUAAUCCGGCUUCUUUCAACUUGUGCAAGUGGGUCCCCUCUUGGAGCUAAAACUUUACUUCAUCUCGGAAUUAGCAGUAUUCUUAAAGAUAUUCUAUCGGGUUCUGGGGCUUCUUCUAAUUCCUCUGUUUCUCCUGCAUUAAGUAGACCACCGGAUCAGAUAUUUGAGAUUGUAAACCUGGCAAAUGAGCUUCUACCCCCAUUGCCACAAGGAACGAUCUCCCUCCCUGUCAGCUCCAACUUAUUUAUAAAGGGUCCUGUUGUAAAAAAGUCUCCUGCUGGCUCUUCUGGGAAACAAGAAGAUACAAAUGGAAACGUUCCUGAGAUAUCAGCUCGAGAAAAAUUAUUAAAUGAUCAGCCUGAGCUACUUAAGCAGUUUGAGAUGGAUCUCCUCCCAGUUUUAAUACAGAUUUAUGGUUCUAGUGUCAAUGGUCCUGUUCGGCACAAAUGUCUUUCUGUCAUUGGAAAAUUGAUGUAUUUCAGCACAGCAGAGAUGAUCCAGUCUUUAUCGAGUGUGACAAAUAUAUCUAGUUUCUUAGCUGGUGUCUUGGCAUGGAAAGACCCACAUGUUUUGAUUCCUGCCUUGCAAAUUGCUGAAAUUCUCAUGGAAAAGCUCCCUGGGACAUUCUCUAAAAUGUUCAUCAGAGAAGGUGUCGUCCAUGCGGUGGACCAACUUAUUAUAGCUGCGAAUUCAACCAAUGUCUCAGCACAAGCAUCUACUGCUGAGAAGGAUAAUGAUUCUAUAGCUGGCGCAUCAUCUCGCUCUAGGCGAUAUCGACGACGCAGUGGUAACUCCCACCCUGAUGGAAAUCCUUUGGUUGAUUUGAAAAGUCCAGUUUCUGUAAAUGUUGGCUCACCUCCAAGUUCUGCGGAUAUUCCAACAGUGAAUUCUAGUAUCCGGUUAUCUGUUAGCGCAACUGCUAAAGCUUUUAAAGAUAAGUACUUCCCUUCAGAGCCUGGGGCUGUUGAAGUGGGUGUUACAGAUGAUCUCUUACAUCUGAAAAAUCUUUGCAUGAAGUUAAAUACUGGUGUUGAUGACCAAAAGACUAAUGGUAAGGUGAAAUCUAAAACUUCUGGAGUUGGUCUGGAAGAGUAUUUAAUUGGGGUCAUCUCUGACAUGCUGAAGGAACUUGGCAAAGGAGAUGGGGUAUCUACUUUCGAAUUUAUUGGUAGUGGUGUUGUUGCAGCUUUGCUGAAUUAUUUUUCUUGUGGGUAUUUCUCUAAAGACCGACCCUCGGAAACCCACCUUCCAAAGCUUCGCCAGCAAGCACUUACUAGGUUUAAGUCAUUUAUAGCCGUUGCACUUCCUGCCACAGUUGACAUUGGGGCUGUGGCUCCUAUGACUGUCUUGAUCGAAAAGCUUCAAAAUGCUUUGUCCUCCUUGGAGCGUUUCCCUGUUGUGCUGAGUCAUUCAUCUAGGUCAUCUAGUGGAAGUGCACGCCUCUCAUCUGGAUUAAAUGCAUUAUCUCAGCCCUUCAAGUUGCGUCUUUGUCGAGCCCAGGGUGAAAAGUCACUUAGGGAUUAUUCAUCCAAUGUUGUACUGAUUGAUCCAUUAGCAAGUUUAGCAGCCAUUGAGGAAUUUCUUUGGCCUCGUAUUCAGCGAAGUGAAUCUGGUCAAAAGUCAAUUGCAUCUGCUGGAAAUUCUGAAUCUGGGACAACUCCUGCAGGAGCUGGUGUUUCAUCUCCCACUGCAUCCACUCCUUCGACUACCCGCCGUCAUUCUACAAGAACCAGAUCAUCUGUUAAUAUUGGCGAUGCGCCCAGAAAAGAGACAACUCAAGAUAAAAGCUUGAGCUCAUCCAAAGGUAAGGGAAAGGCUGUAUUAAAGCCUGCACAAGAGGAGGCAAGAGGACCUCAAACCAGGAAUGCUGCACGUAGAAGAGCAGCUCUUGAUAAAGAUGUUCAAAUGAAGCCUGCAAAUGGUGACUCUACUUCUGAGGAUGAAAGUUUGGAAAUAUCUCCUGUUGAGAUUGAUGAGGCAUUGGUAAUUGAAGAUGAUGAUAUUUCUGAUGACGAAGAUGAUGACCAUGAUGAUUUGCUUAGGGAUGAUUCUCUUCCUCUUUGCUCACCUGACAAAGUACAUGAUGUGAAAUUGGGAGACUCGGCUGAGGAUAGUAGUGGUGCUCCUGCAACAAGUGAUGGCCAAACUAAUGCAGCCUCAGGUUCUGGCAGCAAAGUUGGUGCAGUCAGGGGAUCAGACUCGGCUGAUUUUAGGAGUGGCUUUUCUUCGAGCUCAAGGGGUGCUAUGUCGUUUGCUGCUGCGGCCAUGGCAGGACUUGGAUCUGCUAAUGGCAGAGGGAUCAGGGGUGCCAGAGAUCGGCAUGGUCGUCCACUGUUUGGUAGUUCUAAUGAUCCUCCAAAGUUGAUCUUUACUGUCGGUGGGAAGCAACUUAAUAGGCAGUUGACUAUAUAUCAGGCAAUUCAAAGACAGCUUGUGCUAGAUGAAGAUGAGGACGAGAGGUUUGCUGGAAGUGACUUUGUAUCUAGUGAUGGAAGCAGGUUGUGGGGUGAUAUUUACACUAUAAAUUAUCAGAGGGUGGAUAACCCACCAGAUAAGGCUUCAUCUGGAGCUUCAAACACUUCAAAAUCUGGCAAAACCGUAUCAAAUUGCAGUUCUGAAGCGAAGCUGCAUCAGACAUCUGUAUUAGACAGUAUCUUGCAGGCUGAACUGCCCUGUGAUAUGGAGAAAUCUAAUCCUACAUAUAAUAUACUGGCGCUGUUGCGUGUGCUAGAGGGUUUGAACCAGCUUGCACCCCGUUUGAGGACCCAAGUGGUUACUGAUAACUUUGCUGUGGGAAAACUUUUGGAAUUAGAUGACCUAGUUGUUACCGCCGGUGCUAGGGUACCUUCAGAGGAGUUUAUAAGCAGCAAGCUUACUCCAAAAUUAGCUAGGCAAAUACAAGAUGCCCUUGCCCUAUGCAGUGGGAGUCUUCCAUCAUGGUGUUACCAGUUAACUAAAGCUUGCCCAUUUCUUUUUCCUUUUGAGACCCGGCGACAGUACUUCUAUUCAACUGCUUUUGGGCUAUCCCGUGCACUGCAUCGGCUCCAGCAGCAGCAGGGUGCUGAUGGCCAUGGAUCAAUGAGUGAAAGAGAGGUUAGGGUUGGGAGGUUGCAGCGCCAAAAGGUUCGUGUCUCUCGAAACCGCAUUUUGGAUUCUGCUGCUAAAGUGAUGGAAAUGUAUUCUAGUCAGAAGGCUGUACUUGAAGUAGAAUAUUUUGGUGAAGUUGGCACUGGCCUGGGUCCCACCCUCGAGUUCUAUACACUUCUAAGUCAUGACUUGCAACAAGUUGUACUUCAAAUGUGGAGAUCGGGCACUUCAGGGAAAUAUCAAAUGGAAAUUGAUGAAGAUGAAAAGAAACUGAAGAGCAGUGAAAGCUCUAAUGCUGUUGAUGGAGAACUUGUUCAAGCUCCUCUUGGAUUGUUUCCACGGCCGUGGCCUGUGAAUGCUGAUGCAUCAGAGGGUAGCCAUUUUUUUAAAGUGAUUGAACAUUUCCGGCUUAUGGGCCGUGUAGUAGCUAAAGCACUUCAAGAUGGACGUCUAUUGGAUUUACCUUUGUCUAUGGCAUUUUAUAAACUUGUACUUGGUCAAGAGCUUGAUUUGUACGACAUUCUUUUCCUUGAUGCUGAACUCGGGAAAACUUUGCAAGAGCUGAAUGCCCUUGUUUGCAGAAAACAUCAUAUAGAAUCUAUUGGUGGUGGCUAUACCGUUACAGAUGCUAAUUUGCAUUUCCGUGGAGCCCCAAUUGAAGAUCUCUGCUUGGAUUUUACCCUUCCUGGUUAUCCAGACUACAUCUUGAAAUCUGGAGAUGAAAUUGUUGACAUCAGUAAUCUAGAGGAAUACAUAUCCCUGGUGGUUGAUGCCACUGUCAAGACGGGAAUAAUGCGUCAAAUUGAAGCAUUUAGGGCUGGGUUUAAUCAGGUUUUUGACAUCUCUUCUUUACAAAUUUUUACUCCCGAAGAACUGGACUACUUGCUUUGUGGCCGUAGGGAAAUGUGGAAGACCGAGACACUUGCUGAUCAUAUAAAAUUUGACCAUGGGUAUACUGCAAAGAGCCCUGCGAUAGUUAAUUUACUUGAAAUUAUGGGGGAGUUCACACCAGAUCAGCAGCGUGCCUUCUGUCAAUUUGUUACUGGAGCACCGAGGCUGCCGCCUGGUGGAUUGGCUGUUCUAAAUCCAAAACUAACGAUUGUGAGGAAGCUUUCAUCAACUGCAGCUAAUGCUUCAUCAAACGGCAACGGACCUUCAGAAACAGCAGAUGACGACUUGCCAAGUGUGAUGACAUGUGCUAAUUACCUGAAGCUUCCUCCUUAUUCUACCAAGGAAAUAAUGUACAAGAAGCUACUAUAUGCAAUCAAUGAAGGCCAGGGAUCCUUUGAUUUAUCAUGAGUUUCUGAAACUAACCAACCUUACCCUGUAUGUUAAUAUAAUGAAUCAGGGUUUACUCUCUGAUGCCUAAUUUUUGGUUGCAUGUAAUAUCCUCCUUCCCUCUCAAAUAAUGGCCUAAUUUGGGGCGUUCAUCAAAGGCUGUGGCAGAAGUGCAGUUGAAUCGGUUCGCCACAUUUUCAAGGUGUAAAGGUACAUGCGGAGCUCGUUUUAGGUGUUACAACAUGUAAAUAAAAUAGGAAUGUUGAGUUAUUUUUCCAACUAAAUUUUUCAUCAUUCUGUUUUCAAAUCAAAUUAUUGGCAGUUAAUUAUUAUACAUGUAUGGAGCAUAGUAAAAGGGAUAGAAAUUAUUUCUACUACUAUGCUUUAUGAUUUCAUUAUUUCCUGUUAGAUCUGCUUUGAAGUGGAGCUUCAUUGUGGCAUAUUUUUUUUAUUCAAUUCAUCUGAGGAGUUCUACC